UCACGCCCUCCGACGCAGCAACAGGCGUCCGCCAGAGAACGAGAGGAAAAACACUCUGAACUGCAAUAAGAGACCCCGAAAACCCACUUCCACGCGAACUUGUCUUGUCUUCUGAACAUUUGAAUGCUUUAAACAGUUAUUAAAACACUUAAGGGUAUUCGUGAUCCCAUGUUCGCGAACAAAAACUCUCGCGGAAGGAAAGUUUGGGAAGGCCUCUGACGUCACGCCUCUCGGGACUCUCAUCUAAUAACGUUACAGGAAACAACAACAACAACAACAACAACAAUAGCGUUACAGGACUGGACGUGUUGUUCGGAACAUCUACCUGAAUUUUUAACUCCAUUCAAACCGUAAACAGAUAAGAGUCCGAUCCGGAUUGAAGUCUCGGUGGGAAAUCAUCGAUCCUCAGCGAAGAUGAUGCCGCUCUGCACAUUCUGCAUGUCUUCUCUCUCCGAACCUGCUGAUGAUCUGAAUCAAGUGUGUUAAAUCAGAGAGAGACAGAGAAAAUGAUGUUCCUGACCGUGUACCUCAGUAACAAUGACCAGCAUUUCACAGAGGUGCCCAUCACGCCCGAGACCGUGUGCCGUGACGUGGUGGAGCUGUGUAAGGAGCCGGGCGACGCCAGCCACCUGGCUGAAGUGUGGAGAGGCUCAGAGCGAGCGAUAGGCGAGAGCGAGAAGAUGAUGGGUCUGCUGCUGCAGUGGGGACAGGAGAGGCCCGAGGUUCGGUUCUUUCUGCGUCAGGGCAGAUCGCCCAACCUGCUGACAGACUCCAGGAGCUGGAAUCAGAAGAGGAACGGAGUCAAGAAGCCCAUAGACAGACGGCCGGAGAAUGGAGUGAGCAGCCCGUGGAUGGACAUGACUCUAGCAGAGCUGCAGGAGAUGGCUUCCAGACAGCAGCGUCAGAUUGACACCCAGCAGCAGCUCCUGGCCUCCAAGGAGCAGCGCUUGUGUUUCCUGAAGCAGCAGGAGCACAGGCAUCUGCAGACGUCCUCGCAGCAGAAGAAACUGCAGCAUCUGAGGGACGCGGUGGAGAAACAGGAGCCGCAGCUGAAGAUGGUGCGAGCUCUGAAGGGACAGGUGGAGCAGAAGCGCCUCAGCAAUGGGAAACUCGUUGAGCAGGUGGAACAGAUGAACAAUAUACUCCUUCAGAAGCAGAAAGAGUUGGUAGUCGCCGUGUCUAAAGUGGAAGAACUGAACAAACAGCUGGACACCCUGAAAAACGGCCAGCUGGAUGCGCUUCACAGUAACCACAGCUCAGUGGCCGAGCUGGACAGACUCUACAGGGAACUACAGAUGAGGAAAAACUUUAACCUGGAGCAGAGCGCUAAACUGCAGCGGCAGAGAGACAGCCUGAACAAGAGGAACCAGGAGGUGGACACCAUGGACAGACGAGUCGGUGAGCUGCGAGAUCGCUUGUGGAAGAAGAAAGCAGCCCUUCAGCAGAAAGAGAACCUCCCCGUGAGCUUGCCUUCAGAUGGCCAGACAGCACAGCAGACAGGACCGGCCCGUGUGGCUGCUGUCGGUCCUUAUAUCCAGUCCUCUACGAUGCCCAGGGGCCCCUUUAAACACACUUACCCAGAAGGCACAGCGACUGUACCACAUCAGGACAAGACCACUCACCCGGACUCAGGCAAGGUGUCCUCAAAGAAGCUUAACUGGAGUUCAGCCGCUACGAAGACAGGCGGUAAUCUUGGGUCGUCCAGUCUGCCACGUAUGGUGACCCAGGCAUCUAAAAACCAAGAUAACACAGAGGUGCUGAAGCGGGACCCCAGGGUGCGCCCGGUCUCCAUGUUUGAGUCCAUUGAUCCACCGGCAACUUCUUUACGGAAGAACCAGAGCAGCGAGGACCUUGCGUCUCCUUACACUCAGAGCGCUGUCAAGAACACAGUCAAGGUUCCUCCUCCAGUUCCGACUAAACCGAAACAGGCCAACCUUCCCUCUGGUGGCCAGAUGGGAUACGGCAAGGGUGCCCUCAGCGCCGGUACCUUCCCUGGGAAGAGUAAACCUUCCACUCAGCAGCUGCCCACUGGAUCCCAGUCUGGUAGUACUUUACCUCUUCCCUCCAAACAGGAGGCUCCCCCAGCUGCCACUGUACACCCCUUCAGCCUCGAGCCUCCUGGGGCCAAAGACUCUGGUGGGCAGGUCCUGCACAAGCCCCAGAUGCUGACCACCAGCUCCAUCUACUCCAUGUACACGCAGCCGCAGGGAGCGCUGAGCCGAGCCCAGAACCAGAACCGUGGCAGCAACUUCAUCAGCGUUUAUGGGAAACCAGUGACCCCCGCAGGCCAGCAGUCUCAAAACCAGCACCCUGAGAACCCGUACCUGGACUCGUCCAGUGGCCCAGAAACAGAGAAGGACCACAGCGCUGGAGGAUCUGAGAGCGAGCGCAUCCCCAGACCUCUCAGUCCCACCAAACUGCUGCCCUUCAUCUCCAACCCCUACCGCUGCCAGAGCGACGCUGACUUAGAGGCUCUCAGGAAGAAACUCUACAACGCGCCAAGACCCCUGAAGAAACGCAGCUCCAUCACGGAGCCCGAGGGCCCGUGCGGCCCCAACAUCCAGAAGCUCUUGUACCAGAAGACGACUCUGGCCGCUAUGGAGACCGCAGUGAGUCCUCCUGGAGAAGAGAAGAAGGAGACGCCCGCAGAUCCUCACAGAGAUGAUGAAGCUUCACUUGAGGGAGCAGAGCAGCCUGUUCCUGAGCCAGCGGUGUCCUCAGCCGCCCCAGACACUGACCGAGAGGACAUCCCUCCUCCACCACCUCCACACCCGGCCCCACAGCCCCACGCUUCGUUUUUACCUCCACCGCCCCAGCCGGACAGCCCUCCACCUCCACCUCCUGACAGCUUCACGGAGGACUUUCCUCCAUAUCCUCCUCCUCCUUAUCCCAGUGGCGCUGAGCAAGAGAAUCCAGAAGACACGUUCAACAUGAAGCCACCAGAGGUCACCGGCCAGGUUCCCUUCCCACCGGGUAAAAGGACGAAUCUGCGUAAGGCCGGAUCCGAGCGCAUCGACCACAGCAUGAGAGUGCACUUCAAUCCUCUGGCUCUGUUACUGGACUCAUCGCUGGAGGGAGAGUUUGAUCUGGUGCAGAGGGUCAUUUACGAGGUUGAGGAUCCCAGUCAGCCUAAUGAUGAGGGAAUCACGGCGCUGCAUAACGCAGUGUGUGCCGGCCACACGGAGAUCGUUAAAUUCCUGGUGCAGUUUGGAGUCAAUGUUAACGCCGCUGACAGUGACGGAUGGACGCCCCUGCACUGCGCUGCGUCCUGUAAUAACGUGCAGGUGUGUAAGUUCCUGGUGGAGUCUGGGGCGGCUGUGUUUGCCAUGACCUACAGCGACAUGCAGACAGCAGCAGACAAGUGUGAGGAGAUGGAGGAGGGAUACGCUCAGUGCUCUCAGUUCCUCUACGGUGAGUUACUGCUGCUCCGCUCUCUUAGACUGUGACCGUCUACUCUCACAUUCAGUGAAAAAGCAGUACGUAAAUCCAAGUUCAAACUAAAAACACAUCUUUCUCCGUUCCAGUGUUUAAUGACAGAUCACCACUUUAUCAUGUGCAGAUCAAACCUGAAAUGAUGAUGAGUAACUGGAAAACGAGUUGGAAUUGGGCUAACAAAUCCUAAACGAGGCCUUUGCCUCCUCAUUUCAGAAAGCCACAGCUGUGACCACACUUCAGUUUAAUUCAGAACGGUCUACAGACUAUAUUAUUUGACCGUAGAAUUUUUCUUACUUAUAUUUACUGAACAGCUUUCCACUGUUUCAUUAAGCAGUAAUCCAUGUCCAUGCAUUGCUGUGGUUUUCACGCGGUUAAGUGUGUUUCUCCAGCUCAUGCAUGACAGCAACACUCAAACCUGUGGGGAAAAAGCUCUGUAACGCUCUGAUCUUGAGGCUUAUUUGCUUAUGAUUCCAGUGGCCCAUAACACGACGCUAGCACAAACUUGAGGAUGUAGAAUUGGUUUAACACAACCAAUCAAAUCCAGCCUGCUUUCACUAUAAUCUUUCUGUCAGCUCGGGGUCUGAUCCUGAGUUUUCGGGGCAUGAGCACAUGGAAGUGUGAUGUUUAUAUGAAACCGCAUCAGACAUGGAAAGAGAAUGUGAAAGAGCAUGAGUCACUUCUGCUCUGAAGAAAAUAUGAAGAAUAUAAACGCAUUUAGACAACGAGAAUUGUCUGGGAUCCUGGGAGAUGCACAUUUGGACCCCUGGUGUUGGGUUUGUAAUAAAAAAAAA